AUGACAGUGACAGCAAACUUUGUGGUUAUCAAUUACAUCACAAUCCUCCUGGCUCUAGUGUCCAUAACCGGCGAUUACAUCGUCUCGCACACCAAACUGCACCUCUUCCAAGCCCUUUUCGACAACGCCACCCAUGCCACAAUCGGGGCCCUUUCCUGGCUUUAUAUUUGCAUCAAUUGCAAAAACCGGUCACACACCCAAACCUUGAUCGAGAUCGGGUUGUGUGCCGGUAUCGCCUCGUUGAUUGAUAUUGACCAUUUUAUUUCAGCCCGGUCUGUACAUUUAAAGGUUUGUGGCGAUUUUUCUUUUGUGAGUCAUCAUACGAGAGAUGCCACACGGAGGGGGUUUUGGUUUUACCCCUUUGGGUCAACGCCACCUAUUCCGUAUUUUUUGUACGUGGGAAUGACUUGUUUUUUGCCUCCGGUUGUUUGUGUGUUACAUGAUUUGGUGUGGAUUGGGGGCGAAAGUGGACCGAGAUAUACUUUUAUAAGCAAGGGGGCUGUGAUAUAA